AUGGGAAAUGGCUGUAAGAAGGUUAUUGGAACUAGGAGAAACAAAUCGUCGAAUGAAAAAUUCAAUAAUCGUUUCGAUUUUAGGAGCGAUAGCAACUGUAGUUGGAAUAAAGGCAAUUACUACAAUGAUAUAUAUAUUAGAAAUUUUAACAAAGAUGAGACAACUAAAAAGUAUAAUAACAAAAUUGUAUCACUUAAUGAUAAUAGUAAUCGUAAGACAAGUAAUUCUAUUGUAUAUAUUGAUGAUUUGUACGAUAUAUUAGAGAAUGAAAAAAAAGUAAAGUUAAAAAAAGUAGAUAAUUCAGAUGUAGAAGAAUUUCUUAUAAUAGAAAAACAUAUAAAGGUAAAAAGAAAGAAAAAAAAGAAGCAGCGAAAGCAAGAGAACACCAAUACAAAAAUGAAAGAGAAAGCUUUAAAGAAUGAAAAAUUGACGUCCUUAUUAUUCUCAAGAAAUGAUUAUGAUGAUGAAAAUAAAAAUAGCACUAAUUUUGAUGAACCCUUUCCAACUGAUAGCCGUGAUAAAAAAAAAAAAAAAUCAAAUUCAAAAAAUGGAGAAGUAGAAACAUGGUGUAGUUCUUCAAUUGACAAUAAAUACGAUAUAUUCGAAGAAGAUAGACGGUAUAUGUUAAAAAAAAGACAAGAAAAUAUGAGAGACCAAAAGAUUAGCAGUAAAAAGAACCAAAUAGACAAUGACAGUGACAACAGUAAGAAGAAAAAUAAUAAUACUAAUGGCAAUAAUAAUAGCAAUAAUAAUAGCAAUAAUAAUAGAAACAAUAACAGCAAAAUUAAUGGCAAUAAAUUUAACAGUAGUAACAAUAAUGGCAAAAACAAGAAUAGUAAUACUAGAAAAAACAAUAAUAGAAAUAAUUAUGGAAAUAAUGGCAAUAAUGACAGUAAUGACGAAUUUAAUUUAACCUAUAAAUAUAAAGGUUCAUCAAGUUCUGAUAAGGAAAGAAUAAUCAAUAAUCCUGUUAAAAAAUACAGCGAUCCCUUUGAAGAAUAA